AUGACAAGCAGUGGCUCAGGAGAUCCAAGCCUGGCAAACAGCCAGGUGACCUCAGCCCCUGUGGCCUCCGUCCCUUUCUCAACCUCUGGGAAACUGGAAGGGCUUCCAUUGAAACAAGGAGAUCACCUCUUCCAGGGCACCGCUGCUGGGGAGACCCUUGGGAGCUUCUCUGGGUUGAGAGUCGGUCAAGCCAAUGAGAAUUCCAAGGCUGCCACUACCAAACCUCCACCUGUUAAUGCCACAGGUGGACAGCCAGCAAAAGCGAGCACAAUACCUUCUGGGUUUACUCUUGGAAGCUCUUUGCAGGUCAGCAAACCAACAGAGGCGGCUGCCUCUGUGAUAACAACCAGCUUAACAUCAACGUCUGCUAGCACCAUCUUCAGCAAUGUCCAAUUGGUCAACACAGGAUCUCCUGCUCUCCUUGGCCUCGGAGUGCCUGCAGGGGGUGCCAAGUCAACUUUCACACUUGGGGUUCAGUCAGCAAAUGCCGCAACGGCAACACCCUCUUCUGCACCAGCAGCAACCGCUACUCUGUCAUUCGGAAGUCUGUUGAGUUCAGCUCCAACUGCUGUGGCCACCACACCAACGGGUAAAGGAGAGGAAGAUGCCAGAACCUCCCCAGGCCCUGCGAAGCUGCCUCAGAGUGAUGCCAGCAAGCUUGGAGCAAUGCAGCUGCUGCCCCAGCCCCAGGUCCAUACUCCAGAACCUCCUCGAGAUCCUACUGCUCUGGCCACACCUUCGUUGGAAGAGGUGGAUGCAAUCAGUCUUGCUGUGGCAGCAGCGGGAACAGUAGCACCUGCCAAAGAAGCCAUUCCCGCCACCUCUCCUACUGAUUCAAAGGCUGAGGUGGUUUCUGUGGCAACAUCUCUGGACCAGCACACCCCAGCAACCUUGCCUUCAGCAAGCAUGGCCUCUCAGCCUGCCGAAGUGACCAGAGUGCUUCCAGCUUCCUGUAGCCCAAGUGCAUCCAUUCAGGCCCCGGCCACUGGCACCUCUGCGUUCACAGUCAAUGUCUCGCCCCCUUCUGUGUUUGCACCGCCCCCCGCCACCUGCUCUUCUGGCUCAGCCUUCAGCCAACCUGCAACUGAGGCUUUAGUGACCCCUUCCAUGCCACCCAUCUUUGGCCAGCUCUCUGCAGUGCCGCCUUCUCCAUUUAACCAACCCCCUGCCACCCCGCCACCAUCCACCUCCACCAUCACCACACAGGCUGCAACUCCCGGGUUCAGUAUAUCAGCAUUUGGUGGUGCCACCACCUCCACAGGCUUUGCUCAGCCAGCCUUUGGCCAAGCCCCCACCUUCGGCCAGCCAGCCAGCACAUCAAGUGGGUUCACCUUCAACCAGGCAGCCUUUGGGGCUGCUCCUGCAUUUGGGCAGAUGGCUUCUUCCACUACCCCUGCAUCCAGCAGUGGGAGCGUCUUCGGGGCACCAUCCAGCACAAGCACCACCAGCUCCUUCACUUUUGGACAGCCUGCGGCCACUGCAGGCACCAGCCUCUUUGGCCAAAGCAGCACCCUGGCUUUGGGGCAGAGUUCCAUCUUCAGGCAGGGGGCAUCCAUUUUGGGGGGCGCGGUCGCCGCCGCCACCCCAACAUCCUUGGCUGGAUUCAGUUUCUGUCAAGCUUCAGGUAAGAAGGCAUGUGCAGGGACCAAGGGUAAUGGGUUAAGCGGGAGAGGAAAGAGCCGUAGCUCAGUGGCAGAGGGACUGCCUUGCAUGCAGAAAGUCUCAGCUUCAGUACCUACAAUCUCCAUGUUGGGUCAGGAGAGUCGAUGAGACUCAGUGUGGACAAUACUGAGCUGGUUGAACCCAGUGCCCUGGCUCAGUUAUAAGACAGCAUCCUAUGGUUCUGUUCAAUUCAGCCCUUCAUUCAGAUCCAUGCGGACUAGAUUCUUGCUUUAUUUUUUAAGGGAAAGGUCCAUGACUCAUUGGUGAAACAUCUGCUUUGCAUGCAAAAGGUCCCAGGUUCAUUCUCUAGCAGCAUCUCCAGGGCUGGCUGAGAAAGACUCCCUGCCUGAAAUCCCGGAGAGCCACUGCCAGUCAGUGUAGACAAUACUGAGCUUGAAAGACCGGUGAUCUGACUCCAAAUAAGACAGCUUCUGGUGUUCUUCCUGUGUUCCCAUGAGGUGUCCUGUGGCACCUUAAAUGGUAUCCCACAAAAAUUUAAAGGUGACUUGAAAAACCUCAAGUUUUCAGAAGAAAUAUCAAUGAUCCGGGACAUUUUUAGUUUUCUCACUGAAAGAAUUGGAAAUGCAGUUGCUGCCUGGAGGCCCCUGUAAUGUACAGGAAAGGUGAUGGGGGAAGCCCAGGGCAUGAUCCAUCAAGACAUUCCACUCCCCAGAAGCACAGCAGGGGGAUGGGGCGGAGGGAGCUCUCCCCAUGGAUCACAGUGCCCAAAGGUGGAAAACUAAGUAGGUUUCAAUAUACAAGAUGCACAUUUAAGAAAGAACACCCCCCCCCCUCCCACCCUGCUAAUUACUGGGACAAAAUAUCUUUAAAAGGCAUAAGUGAGCCCUGCCUACAGGAAAGGGGCCUUAAUUACAGGAAAGUGCCUUAGUUUUGAUGGCAGGGUGUGCAUUUUGAAGUGAGCAGGGGAAUUCUUUUUAAUACAAACAUUUCAUUAUCUUUUCACGGGAACAGGUGAUUAACACAGCUCCAGAUCCUUCUUGCACAAAGGAAAUCUGAGUCCUUGGCUGGGACUCAUUUAGCAGUUGCUGCCAUUUUGAGAUGUAUUUAAUGGAAAUCCAGGCUUUUUUAAUUCCUUCAAGAUUUUAGAACCUCAGCAUUGCUCAGUAUUUUUGCUUUUUUGGGAGAAAAGGCGAGGUGAUUGGAGUUGAAGCUCAUUCAUGUACAGAGGGCACCACGUUGCCUAUCCUGGCUUAAUGUAACAUGUUGAGGCCAUGCUGUGCUUAUCACUAAACCCACAAUUAAAACCAUUUUGCAUAGCAAUCAAGGCCAGCAAGAGCACCGCAAUAGGGGGCGUCCAGAUGACAUCACUAAAUGUAGGAAGCUACCAUAUACUGAUCAGGUGAUCAGUGGUGUCCACAUGGGCUGGCAACAGCUCUCCCACAUCUCAGGCAAGGGAGUCUUUCCCAGCCCUUCCCAGAGAUAUGACUGGGGAUUGAACCUGGGGCCUUCUGCAUGCAAAGCAGGUGCUCAACCCCACUGAGCUAUGGCACAGUCCUCCUCUCUCCUCCCCACUUCCUCUCAAAAGACCUGGGCAAAGAAGUACAUUUUUGUGAAAAAUUAUACAAGGAGGGGCCACACUCAACUCGUAAGAGGGGAGGUUCCAUAGCCUGCCACACAUCAAUGCACCUCCUACAAACUUGACAUGGCAGUGGCAUUUCUAGCAAGGCCUCCUCAUUCUGCACAUGCAAGUCUAUAUUCUGUGGUCUCCUUCACUGACCUGUUCUCCUCUAGACACUUUGGAUUGUAUCUCCCAGCUAACCUGGCUGUUUGGACUACAGCUCCCAUCAGCCUCAGCUAGCACAGUCCAGUGGUUCCCAAAGUCUUUCAGGCCACUUCCCCCUUGGUUCCAUAAACUCAUCCCCAGUGCUCCCUACCCUAUAAAAAGCAUUAUUCAGAAUUUGCAUGAUUCACCAAGGGCAUUGACAACACAGUGGAAUUCAAAACACUGUGUUAAUCAAUGGCAGAGUUAUUCAAAAGACAAAUAUAUUUAGGUUAAUUAAUUCAACAAAAUUGAUGAACUUGAUCCAGUGAUAACAGCUUCCCACUUUGGCAACCCCUAGCCUGGACAAAGGGACUGGCUUGGCAAGCUUGCUCUCAUGCAUUCUGCCCCAGACACAGGAUCCCAAUACUUGGAAAGGACUCCUGGCAUCAUCCAGACUGACUCCUCCCCUCAAACUCAUAUCUUUGGUUCUAGUCCAGCAGUCCUCAUUUGUCUUGUGUCUAAAUGCUGACUCUUUCUCCCUGCCCUCUUUUCUUUCUUUUUCUCCCAUGUCCAGCAUUUGGCUCAAGCAGCCCAGGCCCUAUGUUCAGGCAAGCGACCAACACCAGCGGGAACCUCUUUGGCCAGGUAAUCUUUCCUAAACUUAUCGUCACACUUCUUCAUGGGCAAAAAACCCCCUGUGCUUGGUUCUGGUGGGAAGAGCAGGGGAAUCCCCCUUAGGGGUUUAUAUAUUCCAAGACCGUAGAUCAGGAGUAGCUGAUGUGUUGCCCUCUGGAUGCUGCUCAUCUCCUGCCUCCCAUCAUCCCUGACCACUGGCCAUCCUGGCCGGGGCUGCUGGAAGCUGGAAUCCAACAACAUUCUGGAGGGCACUACCUUGGUUCAUCCUGCCGUAGAUUUGCAUUGUGGUCGAUUCAGGGACAUGCAAGGAAGUGCUUCAUACAGUGCAGAGCAAUAUGAGUCGAGGAUACCUUAAAGACCACAUGAGCUUUUAUAUCCUAGCUCACCUGACCAUGAAAAAAUGCCUGUGCUCUGCCUUCACUGUUUGAAGCAGUGAUGUUGCUGAACACCAGUUUUUGGAAACCCCAGGAAGGAGAGAGUUGCUCCGUUUGCUUAGGUUCUGCUUGUGGGUUUCCCAUUGGGGCAACUGGGUGGCCACUGUGAGAACAGGAUGCUGCACCAGAAGGGCCGCUGGCCUGAUCCAGCAGUCUUUUCUUAUCAUCUUAAAUCUGUUCCCCAAAAUCCAACCUCCCAUCUUGCAGGAACUCAUUGGCUGGCUCCUUUCCCGCCUCCCUAACCCCCCCCCCCCUUUGCGAAUCUCACAGGAUUCAGAGUCUUUCCCCUAGAAAAGAUGACUCCUGUGUGCUUAGCAGAGUAGGGGGAGGAAGAGCCUAGAAGACGGGAGGAAAUAUGUUGUCCUUUGCAGCUUGUGAGUAUUCAGAUGUCUAUAGCCCACCGCAAUUCCCCAGAGGUACAGAUGAAGUUGAACACAUUGUCUACUUAAUACUUGCUUUCUACACUCAUGGCUGUCCCAUCCAAUUCAUCGGUCAGGUUAGCAGAUAAUACCAAGCAGUACCAGUAACUCUUUGGUGGUGGUACCUAAACCCUGGAAUCUGUUUCCAGCUUCAGAACAGUCAGUCCUAGAGAAUGACCCUUUUAAAUAAGCUGUCAAAACUUUUCAGGGAUGUUUUUAUGUGCAUGUGUGUAUGUGUGUUUUAUCUUCUUCUGUUGCUGUUGUGAUUUAAAAAAUAACAAUUGCGACUUUCUUUUCCUUUAAUUGUAGUCCACUUUAACGAAUAACUUUUGAAAAUCAUGCUAUAUACAUUUCGCCAAUUUUUUUGUAUGUAAAAGCAGUAUAUAAGUACAGUCAUACCUCUAGUUGCAUUCGCUUCAUGUUGCGGAUUUUGGGGUUGCGAACACGGCAAACCCAAAAGUGUACAGGUGAAACUCGAAAAAUUAGAAUAUCGUGGAAAAGUUCAUUUAUUUCAGUAAUUCAACUUCAAAGGUGAAACUAAUAUAUGAGACAGACUCAUGACAUGCAAAGCGAGAUAUGUCAAGCCUUUAUUUGUUAUGAUUGUGAUAUUAUGGCGUACAGCUGAUGAAAACCUCAAAUUAACAAUCUCAGAAAAUUAGAAUAUUAAAUGAAAUCAGCAAAACAAGGACUGCAAAUAGAGCAAUACUGGACCUCUGAGAAGUAGAAGCAUGCAUAUGUACUCAGUACUUGGUUUGGGCCCCUUUUGCAUCAAUUACUGCCUCAGUGCGGUGUGGCAUGGAUGCUAUCAGCCUGUGGCACUGCUGAGGUGUUAUGGAAGACCAGGAUGCUUCAAUAGCAGCCUUCAGCUGUUCUGCAUUGCUAGGUCUCAUGUCUCUCGUCUUUCUCUUGGCAAUGCCCCAUAGAUUCUCUAUGGGGUUCAGGUCAGGCAAGUUUGCUGGCCAAUCAAGCACAGUAAUCCCAUGGGCAUUGAACCAGGUUUUGGUACUUUUGGCAGUGUGGGCAGGUGCCAAGUCCUGCUGGAAAAUGAAGUCAGCAUCCCCAUAAAGCUCAUCUGCAGAAGGAAGCAUGAAGUGCUCCAAAAUCUCCUGCUAGACGGCUGUGUUGACCCUGGACUUAAUGAAGCACAGUGGACCAACACCAGCUGAUGGCAUGGCUCCCCAAAUCAACACUUCACACUAAACUUCAAGCAUCUGGCAUUGUGUGCCUCCCCAUUCUUCCUCCAGACUCUGGGUCCUUGGUUUCCAAAUGAGAUGCAAAAGUUGCUCUCAUCAGAAAAGAGGACUUGGGACCACUGAGCAACAGACCAGUUCUUUUUUUUUCUUUAGCCCAGGCAAGAUGCUUCUGACGUCGUUUCUUGUUCAGGAGCGGCUUGACAAGAGGAAUAUGACAUUUGAAGCCCAUCUCCAGGAUCCUUCUGUGUGUGGUGGCUCUUGAUGCACUAACUCCAGCCUCAGUCCACUCCUUGUGAAAGUCCCCAACACAUUUGAAUGGUCUUUUCCUGACAAUCCUCUCCAGGCUGUGGUCAUCCCUGCUGCUUGUGCACCUUUUUCUUCCACACUUUCCCCUUCCGCAUAACUUUCCAUUAAUGUGCUUUUUGAUACAGCACUUUGGGAACAUCCAACUUCUUCUGCAAUUACCCUUUGAGGCUUUCCCUCCUUAUGGAGGGUCUCAAUGAUGGCUUUCUGCACAACUGUCAGGUCAGCAGCCUUCCCCAUGAUUGUGCUUCCUACUGAACCCAUUGCAGGUGUUAUGGAUUGAAUAGCUACUGCACCUUUUCACAAUAUUCUAAUUUUCUGGGAUUGUUAAUUUGGGUUUUUUUAUCAGCUGUACACCAUAUUCAUCACAAUUAAAAGAAGUAAAGGCUUGACAUAUCUCGCUUUGUAUGUCAUGAGUCUAUCUCAUAUAUUCGUUUCACGUUUUAAGUUGAGUUACUGAAAUAAAUGAAAUUUUCCACAAUAUUCUAAUUUUCCGAGUUUCACCUGUAUACUUCUGGGUUUUGCCGCACACGCAGAAGCGUUCUGUGCGCUUCACACAUGUGCAAAAGUGCUCUAUCGUGCUUCGCACUUGCGCAGAAGCGCCACUCUAGUUGCGGACUUUUCUUUUUUUAAAAAAAAUAAUUUUUAUUCAUUUUCCAAACAAGUUUUAUACAAUCAACAAAUUGUUUUACACUCAUGCUUCAAUUUUUGACUUCCCUCAGUUUCUCUGUCAAUCUUUCGAAAAAUUUCUAUUUAUUGACGCAUUUCUAAACAUGAUAUUGCCUUUCCCCACUCCUUUUCCUCUUACUCUCUUUUUUGCAGUAUUUCUUACUAUUUCACAGAGUCUCUUCAAAACCAACAAGCGUUGUCUGUACAUCACAUAUAUUUUUCAGAUAUUCUGUAAAUUUCCCCCAGUCCUCGAUAAACUUUUGGUCUUUCUGGUAUCGGAUCUUCCCAGUCAAUUUGUCCAAUUCUGCAUAUUCGGUCAAUUUCCUUCUCCAUUCUUCCACUGUUGGAAUUUCUUCCUGUUUCCAUCUUUGGGCCAGAAGUAUCCUUGCGGCAGUCACUGCAUAUUGAAACAGUUUACAGUCUCUCUUAUUGAUUUCGUUUCCUACCAUUCCUAAUAGAAAGGCUUCUGGUUUUUAAAUGAACGUAUAUUUCAACAUCUUUUUCAAUUCAUUGUAUAUCAUUUCCCAGAAGUCUUUCGCCUUUUUACACUCCCAGCACAUAUGAUAGAAAGUACCUUCUUUUUCUUUACAUUUCCAACACUUAUUGCAUGUUUUAUACAUUUUGGCCAGUUUAACUGGCGUUAUAUACCAUCUGUAAAACAUUUUCAUUACAUUUUCUUUCAACGCAGUACAUGCCGUAAAUUUUAGCCUUUCAUUCCAUAAUUUCAUCCAAUCAUCAUACUGUAUAUUGUAACCAAAGUCUCUUGCCUAGUAUAUCAUUACUACUUUUACCUCUUCAUCUUUUGUAUGCCACUCCAGCAACACUUUAUACAUUUUAGACAGGUUUUUAUACUCAUUAUUCAAUACCUCCACUUGGAAUUUUGAUUCUUUACCUUCAUACCCACACAUUUUACAAUCUUUUUUAAACAUUUCAUUAAUCUGAAAGUAGUGUAACCAGUCGUAAACAAAUUCUUUCACCUCUUCAUAAGUUUUCAUUUUCCAUUUCCCCCCCCUCUCUUGUUACCAGUUCUCCAUAUGUUAUCCACCUCCCCCUCAUAUUAAUUUUUUUCACACUCAUCACUUCUAAUGGUGAAAUCCAAUGGGGGAGUCUAGGUUCCAACAAGUUUUUAUACCUCUCCCACACCUCUAUCAGUGAUCUUCGGAAGAUGUGGUUUUCAAAACCUUUGUGAAUUUUUUUCUUCUCAUACCAUAGGUAAGCAUGCCAACCAAAUCUGUUGUCAAAUCCUUCUAAAUCUAACAGCUCUCCAUUCUCUAAUUUAAUCUAUUCCUUUAUCCAACAGAGGCAUGAUGCUUCAUAAUAUAAUUUCAAAUCUGGCAGGGCGAAGCCACCUCUCUCUUUUGCAUCUGUUAAUAACUUAAACUGAAUCCUUGGCUUCUUACCCUGCCAGAUAUAUCUUGAAAUUAUUUUUGCCAUUCCUUAAAAAUUGAUGCCCCCUUAAUUAUCGGCAAUGAUUGGAAAAGGAAUAACAUCUUUGGUAGCACACUCAUUUUUAUCGUGGAUAUUCUCCCCCAAAAGGACAAUUUCAGUCUUCCCCACACCUCCAAAUCCCUUUUUAUCUGAUUCCACAUAGGUAAGUAAUUGUUUUGAAACAAGUCAAUGUUCUUGGGGGUUAACCAUAUUCCUAAAUACUUCACUUUGUUCACCACUUCUAUCUCUGUCCUUUGUUGUAUUUCCUCAAUUAGUUCUUGAUUCAUGUUUUUAGCCAUGAUUUUCGUCUUUUUUUUUGUUGAGAUAAAAUCCUGCAACUUGACCAAAUUGUUCUAUUUCUUCUAAGAUUCUUUCAAUACUUUCCACUGGUUCUUCUACUGUCAAUACCAAGUCAUCCGCGAAUGCUUUAACUUUGUAUUCAUUUUUCCCGAUAGACACCCCUUUUAUAUCUUCAUUUUUUCUUACUGAUUUUAGCAAAACUUCCAGCACCAUAAUGAAUAAUAGUGGCGACAGUGGGCAUCCCUGCCUUGUACCUUUGGUUAUUUUAAUAUCUUCUAUGGUAUAGUUGUUUACUAUUAGCUUCGCUUUCUGUUCUGUAUAUAUUGCCUUUAUCCCAUUAUAAAAUUCCUUACCCACUUCCAUAUACUCUAGGUUUUUUAACAUAAAAUUCCAUGAUUAUUAUUUUCAGCAUCCACAAAGAUUAAAAUAGCUUGUUUUUCAUUCCUGGCAUCCAGAUAUUCCAAUAUAUUUAUUAUGUUUCUUAUAUUAUCUUUCAUCUGUCUGCCAGGAAGAAAGCCCGCUUGAUCCUUAUGUAUAAAUUCUUGCAAUACUUUUUUCAUUCUCUUUGCUAAUAUACUCGCAAAGAUUUUAUAGUCAGUAUUCAACAGCGAAAUAGGCCUAUAAUUUUUAAACUGUGUCAAAUCCGAAUCUUGUUUUGGGAUAAGUGUGAUAAAGGCUUCUUUCCAUGUUUCUGGAAUUUCACAGUUCUUUAAUAUGUUGUUUAUGACUUCUUUCAAUGGUAUAAGUAGGGUGCUUCUCAUUUCCUUAUAAUAUCUGGCUGUAAACCCAUCUGGUCCUGGAGCUUUCCCUUUUUUCAAUUCCUUUAUUACCUCUUUUAUUUCUUCUGUUUCAAUUGGGGCGUUCAAAAAAUCUUAUUGCUCCGUCGGGAUCUUCUGCACUUCUUUUUCUUUUAAAAAUCUUUCUAUCUUUCUCAUAUUAUUCUUUCCCUUACUUUUAUAUAGUUGUCUGUAGAAAUCCAAGAAUCCUUUUCUAAUUUGUUUCGGGUUUUCUAUUUCUGUGCCGUCGAUAAUGAUUUUGUUUACUGUAUUCUGUUCCUUUCUCUUCUUAAUCUGCCAUGCCAGCCAUUUUCCUGAUUUAUUCGCAAAUUCAAAGUUUCUUUGUCUCAUUCUUUUUAUAUUCCCUUCUACUUCCUUAUUUAUCAUCAUUGCGAAUUGUGUUUGUAGGGUCUUUAUAGUCUGUCUUAUCUUCUCAUUAUUCGGUUUCUUUAUCAAUUUUUGUUCAUUCUCCAUUAUCUGUUUUAAUAUUUCCUUCUUAUUCUUCUCUCUGUUCUUAUUUUUCAAAGCGUUCUGCUGGAUAAAGAAACCUCUCAUCACUGCUUUGCUGGCGUCCCACACCAUGUUCAUUUUUGUUCCCUUAUUGCAAUUAUUCAGAAAGUACUCUGACAAAUAUUUUUGAGCAUUUUCAACUAUCUUCUGAUCGUCCAAAAGGUAGUCGUUCAUUCUCCAGCUAAACGUUCUUUCUUCGAAACCCUUUAAUUCGAGUUUUAUUGAGCUAUGAUCCGAAAUCACUCUUGGUUGAAUUUCAACUUUCGAGAUUCUUGGGGUUAGUUCAUUUGAGACCCAAAUUUGAUCUAUUCUUGACAGAGAUUGAUUUGGAUCAGAAUAGAACGUAAAUUGUUUCUCUAGCGGGUGUCUCAGUCUCCAAAUAUCAAUCAGGUUGCAAUUCUUUAUCAUUGAAAAGAAAGUCUUAGGUAAUUUUCCAUCUUUACCCACUCCAGUUGAUUUCAAUCUGUCCAUUUCCAUUGACACCACUCCAUUCAGGUCUCCCAUUAUUAUGAUUUUCUGAUCCAUAUAUUCAAACAGUUUUUCUUCUAGAUUUUUGUUUCCAUUUGGUGCGUAGAUCCCGACGAUUAUUAUUUUUUCUCCUUGCCACUUUAUUUGAACUGCCAUAACUCUGCCUUCUUCAUCUUUAAAGAUUUGUUGAGCUUCAAUAUUUUUCCUGAUGUACAAAACUACCCCUCUCUUUUUACUCCUAUCUGAAGAUACAAAUUCAUUUCCCAGUCUUUUGUUAAUUAAGAUUUUUUUUAUGCCUUCUCGCCACAUGUGUUUCUUGUAGACAUAUGAUAUCCAAAUUUUUCUUUUUAAAAUGUUGUUCAACUUUGUUUCGUUUUUUUUUUAGCGUUAAUCCCAUUAAUGUUCCAGGUCCAUAAAUUCAACUCCAUUUUAGCCAUUUUGAAUUCUUUGUUAUAAAUUUUAUAAUUCGUCUACCUCUUCUUCUUCUUCUUCCUUCCUUCCUUCCUUCCUUCCUUCCUUCCUUCCUUCCUUCCUUCCUUUUUUCUUUUUCUAACUCCUCCGGAUCCACUCCUCCUGCAGCCUCCAUUCCUAGUUCCGCUCCUCGUUUCUUCAUCCUCGCUUCGUAGCUCUUUGUAUUUUCUCAAAAAUUUUCCCAAUUCUUCCAGGCUCGUGAUUCUGUGUCUUUUACUUUUGUAAACAAAGGAGAUCCCUUCUGGGUAUUCCCAUCUAAAUUCAAUGUUAUUCUUUUUUAGAGUCUGUACUGUUGGUUUAUAUGGGUCUCUCUGUUUAAGAAGCCUGAUCGGGAUGUCUUUAAAAAUAAUUAUAUAAUUUCCUUCUAUAUUCAGUCUCUUCUCUCUGUUCUUUUGGAGAAUCUGGUUUCUCAUCUCCCUGUCCUUAAAAGUAAUCAGGCAGUCUCCUGGAAACUUUCUUGCCUUGGCUGAUCUUGUAUUCAGUCGAAAUGCACUUUGCACAGAUUUUGUCACUUCUUCUAUAUCCAUCUCCAUCCAUUGUGCAAUUUCUUUUAUUAGUUUCUCUUUAAUAUUUUCUCCUUGCUGUUCUGGGACAAGUCUCAAUCUUAAAUUCACUUCUCUCUGCCUGAGUCCAUUCAUGGAAAUCGCAUCCCAGAUCUCCUCUUGAGUUUUGUUAAUUUCUGACAUCCCCACCCAUAUUCUCUCUUCUUCCUUCCUCAUCUCCCUCAUUUCCACUCUUGUCUUCUUCAUUCCCUCUUCCAGGUUCUGUGUCCUCUUGUUCACGUCCUUCAGUUGCCCUUUUAAUUCAUUAACUGUAACAUCAAUUUUUUUGUCCAUUUGGCCCAUUCUCUUAUCCAUUUGUUCCAGUUUCGCUUCUAUAUUCUUUUCGCUCUGCUUGAUGUUGGAAUUAACCUCUGCAAACAUUUUCAUAAUUUCCCCUUUAAGAUCUGACUCUUGUUUUGAGCCUCUCCUCUCUGCCGGUGUUCCCUCAUACCCUCCUUUCUUUUGUGUAUGGGACAUUGUAGUCAAAUUACAAAUACUUAGUUUACAGUCCAAAUAAUAAAAUGUUCAAUCCAAUUAUACUGUCAAUAAAAUAUUUUCCCUCUAAUGAUGCAUUGAAUAAAACAAAUAUAUAAAUAGAUCCUCCUCCUAAAUUCUCAUACACUUAAAUUUGUAUAUCAAUUAAUUUAUAUAAACCCUUUUUUCCUAAAUAAAUUUUCCCGAUAUAAGUUCAACUUAUAAGGCGGAACACCUAUUGACCUAUAAAUUUCUGCUUUAAAGAGGCCUAUCCAACCCAGAGUUUCUUCCUUCUUCUUUCUUCUUGCCACCACUUAGGCUAAAUCCAAUUAUUAUAGUCCAGUUAUUGAAGUAAAUUGGCUGUAACCAAUGAAAACCAAUGAUUAUAUAUUGUAAUCCAAUGGACGUAGUCCAGUCAGAAUUUCUGAAGGUAUUAAUAAAAAAACCAAGGGAAUAAAUAGGUCCAAAAAUGCCCAAUAUAUCCAAAAAGAGUGAAUAAGGGAGAUGUCCGGAAGGUUCUAUCCAUAAAGCAACUCAGGAGUUGCUAAGGGAUCUGUAGUUGAGAGUGUCAAAUUUAAGCUCAGUUAAACAAAGUUCAUAGAAGGAGGAAGAAAACAAAGUAGUUUUUUAUUAAUCCAGACUGUUCCCUUAUUAAGAUAAAGAUAAAGAUGACAAGUAAAUAAUAAUAAUAAUAAUAAUAACAGGGAGUAGUUUAUUAGUUCAAGUCACAGUUCACAAAGCUCCAAAUAAUAAUCAUGCCCUUCAUGCAGCCUGUUAGGCAGCUCUUUCUCAUUUCAUUCCACGGAUAAACAUAAAAAAAGAGAGAGAGAGAAAAAGAAGAAAAGGAACCAGUUGCGAAGGUGAAGUCUUCUUUCAUAUACAAUCCUUUCUGUUGUGUUUAAACAGUUUAAACAGUUAAAUUUAUUUGAAAGCAGAGGUAAAAGAUAGUGGGACAAUGAAUUAUGCUGCCUAAUAUUAGCUUCCUGUGUUUUACUUAUAGCUGGUUAGCUCUGUCUUUCCAUUAAAAUGGAGGCACAAAAGUUCUACUUUGUUGCGCAGUUGUUUUUUUAAAAGUGAAAGUACCGGGAAGGUCCUUUCUUUUUGCUUCUUUCAGACCCUUCGUUGUAUCGAGGGCCUUUUAAAGUCCUAAAAUAGUUGCCCUCUGCUCCCUCCUUUAACUAUUCCCUUCUUAUACAACUCUUUGUUACUUUUAGCAACAGUUUAUAUGACUUUUAGCAAGUUUUUUACGAGGGAGAAGUUCUAGCCGCUUGCUGCGUUACCAACCUCCUCUCCACGCUCUGCUCUUAUUCUUGUGUCGUUCUCCGAUUUCAGAUGAAAGCUGACCUCUUUUUUUCAACUUCUUUUUCCAAAGCCAUCCUUUUGUAAUUCCGAUUGUAAUUCCAAACUCCCAGUCUGGCUUUGAUCCUUUGUUUUUGAGAAUCGAUCACUCGCCCUGCAAGCCUGGGGCUGCGUUCUCGAGGGUGAGACAAUGGCUUCCCCUGUGCCUGCUUUCUCCGCCCGCCGUUCUCUUCGCUCCUGUUACGGAGUUACCUGACGACCUGGCGAUCUGCAAAUGGCUCUGCUGGGCUCCUGAUCCUCUGGUUUCCCUCCAGAGGGGUUGUGGGGGGCUACCACGCCCUGUAGCACCCCCUUUUACCCUCGAGAACCCGGACUUUCUCUCUCCUGAGAGAGUCCUGCUUGCGUCGGGUCCGUGGCUCGACCGGAAGUCCUAGUUGCGGACUUUACAGGGUGCGAAUGGCACCCUGAAACGGGUCAUGUCCGCAACUAGAGGUACCACUGUAUCUAAAAUAAAUAUAGAGUUGGAGAAUUUGCCAGCCCACUAACACUUUUUGGAUCCUAGCCCAAGUCUGCAGGGUUGCUUAAGGAAUGCUUCUAGUCCUCAUGGAAGCUGGCCCCUGUGUACCUGCGAGCCAGCACCUGCGAGCCAGUGAAAAUAGUUCUCCCCCACUUUUUGUUCCUCCUUACAGCAGACUUCUUCUGGCGGGGGUCUCUUUGGGUCUGGAAGCAGCGGCAGGAGUUUUUUCAGUGGCCUAGAAGGAAAGCCAAGCCAUGAGGCAGCAGAUAAGAACCCUUUCAGCGCCACCGGUGGGGGAUUUGGUUCCUCGGCCACCCGGAGUAAGUACUGCCAAGUCUUGUGUGUUCAGUGUCAUAGCCAGUCCAUCUUUGUUCCUCAGAACUGGCUGAUUCACACAGGGUGUUCUCCCCCCCAAAUGCUGGAAGACCUGCAUCACCUAUGUGUCAUCACCUUAUGUGAAUGACCUAUCCCCCCGUGUAGAACUUCCCCUUCAUUGGAGCACUUUAUGAAUUGAAUCUGUUUGCAUUGACAGUGGAAGCAAGGAAGCAAGUGAUCAAUUGGUGUGGACCAGGGACCUAAUUUCUAGGCCAUGGGUCGGCAAACUAAGGUCUGCGGGCCGGAUCAGGCCCAAUUGCCUUCUGGAUCCGGCCCGCGGACGGUCCAGGAAUCACCGCUUGGAUCGCCAGCUCGCACGUUAUUUCCCUCUCCUUCACAUGGCGGCGGCAGCGCCUCCUCCUGGCUUCUCCCUGCCCUGCCUAGAGGAGGAAGGGGGCUGGGCUUUGUUGGUGCCAGGAGCAGCAGCACUUGAGUGGCUGCCAUUUUAAGCAGCCCCUCUCCAGAGCCCUUUCGCACACCGCUCAUCAUCCCUCCACUGCUGCCAGCCUCUGCAGCUCGCAAGACACAGGUAAGCAGUCACUGGGGCUCGUGGUGCUCUUGCAUCAUUUGUUCUUGUUGUUUAGUCAUUUAGUCGUGUCCAGCUCUUCGUGACCCCAUGGACCAGAGCACACCAGGCACUCCUGUCUUCCACUGCCUCCCGCAGUUUGGUCAAACUCAUGUUCGUAGCUUCAAGAACACUGUCCAACCAUCUCGUUCUCUGUCGUCCCCUUCUCCUUGUGCCCUCAAUCUUUCCCAACAUCAGGGUCUUUUCCAGGGAGUCUUCUCUUCUCAUGAGGUGGCCAAAGUAUUGGAGCCUCAGCUUCACGAUCUGUCCUUCCAGUGAGCACUCAGGGCUGAUUUCCUUAAGAAUGGAUAGGUUUGAUCUUCUGGCAGUCCAUGGGACUCACUAGAGUCUCCUCCAGCACCAUAAUUCAAAAGCAUAAAUUCCUCAGCGAUCAGCCUUCUUUAUGGUCCAGCUCUCACUUCCAUACAUCACUACUGGGAAAACCAUGGCUUUAAUUAUACAGACCUUUGUUAGCAAGGUGAUGUCUGCUUUUUAAGAUGCUGUCUAGGUUUGUCAUUGCUUUUCUCCCAAGAAGCAGGCGUCUUUUAAUUUCGUGACUGCUGUCACCAUUUGCAGUGAUCAUGGAGCCCAAGAAAGUAAAAUCUCUCACUGCCUCUAUUUCUUCCCCUUCUAUGGCCCAGUGGCCAUGAUCUUCUUUUUUUGAUGUUGAGCUUCAGACCAUAUUUUGUGCUCUCCUCUUUCACCCUCAUUAUAAGGUUAAUGCUUAAUUUCUUCUCACUUUCUGCCAUCAAGGUUGUGUCAUCUGCAUAUCUGAGGUUGUUGAUAUUUCUUCCGGCAAUCUUAAUUCCGACUUGGGAUUCAUCCAGUCCAGCCUUUCGCAUGAUGAAUUCUGCAUAUAAGUUAAAUAAGGAGGGAGACAAUAUACAGCCUUGUCGUACUCCUUUCCCAAUUUUGAACCAAUCAGUUGUUCCAUAUCCAGUUCUAACUGUAGCUUCUUGUCCCACAUAGAGAUUUCUCAGGAGACAGAUGAGGUGAUCAGGCACUCCCAUUUCAGCUGGAAUGUCCCAGUUCAGCUGGAAUGUCAUCACUUCCACUGGCCUUGUUAUUAGCAGCGCUUUCUAGGCCCAUUUGACUUCACUCUCCAGGAUGUCUGACUCAAGGUCAGUAACCACACUACCUGGGGUGUACAAGACAUCCAUUUCUUUCUGGUAUAGUUCCUCUGUGUAUUCGUGUCACCUCUUCUUGAAGUCUUCUGCUUCUGUUAGGUCCUUACCACUUUUGUCCUUUAUUAUGGUAAUCUUUGUACGAAAUGUUCCUUUCAUAUCUCUAAUUUUCUUGAACAGAUCUCUGGUUUUUCCCAUUCUAUUGUUUUCCUCUAUUUCUUUGCAUUGCUCGUUUAAGAAGGCCUUCUUGUGUCUCCUUGCUAUUUUUUGGAAAUCUGCAUUCAAUUUCCUGUAUCUUUCACUAUCUCCGUCACAUUUUGCUUGCCUUCUCUCUCCCGCUAUUUGUAAGGUCUCAUUAGAUAGCCACUUUGCUUUCUUGCAUUUCCUUUUCAUUGGGAUGGUUUUCGUUGCUGCCUUCUGUAUAAUGUUACGAGCCUCCAUCCAUAGUUCUUCAGGCACUCUGUCCACCAAAUCUGAAUCCUUACACCUGUUCCUCACUUCCACUGUGUAUUCAUAAGGGAUUUGAUUUAGAUUUGUGUAUUCAUAAGGGAUUUGAUUUAGACACCACUGGUAUACAGCUUCUCCAUCUUUGGCUGCAGAGAAUAUAAUCAAUCUGAUUUCGAUGCUGCCCAUCUGGUGAUGUCCAUGUGUAGAGUCAUCUCUUUAGCAUUCCAAUCCCCUAUAAUGAGAAGAACAUCCUUCUUUGGUGUCAUUUCUAGAAGGUGUUGUAAGUCUUCAUAGAAUUGGUCAAUUUCAGUUUCUUCAGCACCAGUGGUUGGUGCAUAAACUUGGAUUACUGUGAUGUUAAAAGGUCUGCCUUGGAUUCGUAUCGAGGUCAUUCUAUCAUUUUUGAGAUUGCAUCCCAGUACAGCUUUCGCCACUCUUUUGUUGACUAUGAGGGCCACUCCAUUUCUUUUACAGGAUUCUUGCCCACAGUAGUAGAUAUGAUGGUCAUCCGAACUGAAUUUGCCCAUUCCCGUCCAUUUUAGUUUACUGAUGCCCAGGAUGUCAAUAUUUAUUCUUGCCAUCUCAUUUUUGACCACAUCCUGCUUACCAAGGUUCAUGGUUCUUACAUUCCAGGUUCCUAUGCAAUAUUUUUCUUUACAGCAUUGGACUUUCCUUUCGCUUCCAGGCAUAUCUGCAACUGAGCGUCCUUUCGGCUUUGGCCCAGCCGCUUCAUCAGCUCUGGAUCUACUUGUACUUGUCCUCCGCUCUUCCUCAGUAGCAUGUUGGACGCCUUCCAACCUGAGGGGCUCAUCUUCCAGCGUCAUAACUUUUAUAUGCCUGUUGUCUUUGUCCAUGGAGUUUUCUUGGCAGGGAUACUGCAGUGGCUUGCUGGUUCCUCCUCCAGGUGGAUCACGUUUGGUCAAAACUCUCCACUAUGACCUGUUCAUCUUGGGUGCCCUGCUUGGCAUAGCUCAUAGCUUCUCUGAGUUAUUCAAGCCCCUUUGCCAUGGCAAGGCAUAUUCCCCCCCCCAAAAAAAAUAUAGUCCGGCCCCCCACAAGGUCUGAGGGACAGUGGACCGGCCCCCUGCGGAAGAAGUUUGCUGACCCCUCUUCUAGGCCAACCAGAAUCUUUUGGCUUUCACAAUAGCAACAAAGCCCAGGGUGAAAAUGGCAAUUGAUUUUGGAAGUGAUGGAGGUGGGGAGAUCAAGUCUCCUUGGCAGCCAACCAUUAGUUACAGAGCUCCUGGGUUUGUGAUUUCAAAUCUUGGUUCACAUGGGCUCACUUUAGUGUCCCUAUAAGCAGCUUAGGACCCAUGUACCAUUUAGGUGUCUCUUUACACACAAACCUGCUUUUGUAUUAAAUUUCUGCACCGGAGGCCCUUCUCUGGGCCCCUCUCCUGCUAGAUGUGAGAUAGGUCUUGUCAGGACUUUUAGAGGUGUUUUAACUUUUGUGUUAAGUUGUGUUUUCAUUUCUGUUUUGCUAAAGGCCCCAUUCUCACCAUACACUUAAAGCACUAUGGUCCCACUUUGAACAGUCAUGGCUUCCCCCAAAGAAUUCUGGGAACUGUAGUUUGUUCAGGGUGCUGAGAGUUGUUAGGAGACUGCUGUCCCACCUCACAGAGCUACAGUUCCCAGAGUUCCCUGGGAAGAAAGAUUGAUUGUAAUAACCACUCCAGGAGGGGAAGAAGGGUCACUUAACAACCCUCGGCACUCUUAACUCUCCCAAGGCCCCACCCCACACCAACCCUACUUCACACCCUCCUUGAGUGUGUUUGCCUGGCUGCAAUGUGUCCUUGAACUCUGAUCACGCCUCUUGCUUGCCCUGAUGGAGGAUAGAGAGGGGUCUGUGUAUGUGAAGGUGUGUAGAAACUAACCUACUGUACAAAGGCAGAAUUGCCAUUCGUUGCUCCACUCACAUUUGCCACUGGCCCUGCCCACCCUGGCAUGUGGCCCCAGGAAGGUUGUCCGGAAGGGAAAGUUGCCCUUGGUCUGAAAAAGGUUCCCCUCCCUGAUUUAGCUCCAAUGCAUACUAAGGCUUUUUAAUGUAGUGGCGCCAGUAUUUUGGAACCUUGUUCCUAUUGAAAUGAGAUGAGUACCUACUGUUUUGACAUUUUGUCACCUGCUGAAAAUGCUUUUCUGCCACUAAGCACUUUUAGAGCAUUAAUUUGAUUCAGCAGCGGUCAUUCUUUUCUGUAUUAUGAUCAGCCAACUAUAGGGGGCGGAAAGGACUUCAGUCCCCUCAGUAUUUGUGGGCAGGGGGCUGAGCUCCGCCAAUAUUGAGCAGGCCGCCAUUCCCUGACACCUGCCAUCACCGGGAGAGCACUCAUGUGCUGGGUGGAGCCGGGAUGUGUGGAGAGAGGAAAUUGCCCUUUGCACACUCUAUACCCUGCUGCCGCCAGGCGGGCAGGGGCACGUUGUGCAGAGGGGCGUAUAAUGUCACGCACCGCCACACCCCCUCAAUGCGAGGGGCAAGUCAGCACCCCUGAUUGUAUAAUGUAAUUAAUUUGUACACCACCAAGAUAUUUUUCUUAUGAGUUGAUGGUUUGUUAAUAUUCUUACAAAUUAUUAUCAUUAUUAUUAUUAUUAUUAUUAUUAUUAAUAAUAAUAAUAAUAGUGUUACUCUGAUAAGUUUUCUAAUCCAAAUUAAUGUAGUGAAUAAUCCAUACUCUCUCUCUCUCUCUCUCUCUCUCUCUCGCUCUCUCUCACACACACACACACACACACAUACACAUACACACAAUUAAUAAAGGGGGCUGGGUUCAGAAAGAAGCUGCAGUCUUGAGCCCAGUCCCCUAAAUCUAAGGACAAAGAGGUCUUGGAACAUAUACAUGUGCCUUAUCGUUGAGUGGUAAAGAGAAGUUUCCACACUCACAACACUAGUACUCUUUUGAACUUUCCUGGGCCCUGGGGUUUGAAAGAGGAUUCUGAUUCUGAAGAUCAGUGAGGCUUUCACUUCUGUGAGCCAUAACUGGACAUGGAUGUAGAGGCACUUUGAGAAGACAGGCUUUAUACCUUCUCUUUGUGCACAUUAUAGUGCAUCUGUCUCACUGUUUUGCUGAAAAUGCAGGAACAAGUAGCAGUGAUGUCCUGAAUCCAGAAUGGUGGAGCUGCAUCUGUAGCCCUUUUGCUCAACCCAUCAGGGAUACAGGCCCAAUUGGGCCUUCAAGUGAUAGCAGUGGGGCUGCUCCCAGAACCCUCUGCUUCAGGGCUUCCUGUGGACUGCUGCUGGCAGGGGUUCCAGUAUCUAGCCUACUUCCUGCCUGCCCACACUUUUGGCAGGCGGAAUGAGAAGAGACCAGCAGAAACUCCAACCUGGUGGAAAAGUGGUUUGAAUUACAGCCUUAACCCAACAGGCUGGAAGCCUAUGGGGCUGCAACUCCCAUCAGCCCUUAGCUUUAGGGAAGAUCCCCAGAAUGUAACCCCCAUGUAAGUUGCAUGCUUACUGUAUUUCUCUGUUAUAAUAUUUUGCUGCUUAUUACAUGUGACUUUGAUUCCUGGCAUCCAUGAUAAGGUGGUAAUUUUUUCAUUGGUGGCUAUCAAUAGAUGGUUGUUAUUUAAAAUCUUUUCUCCUGCUCUUCAUAGAGGGGCCACCCCGCCCUUUUCUGUGGUGUCAUGACGCUCAGUAUUCACAUUUUAAGAUGGGCAGUUUGAUACAAAGCCCCCCAUCCCCCUGCAGGCAUCACUUCUUUGAUUCCAGACUGGUUGUUGCUGGUUCAGAUGGUCAACCUCUUCUGAAAAGCAGAUGGCUUGAGCGAGCCUAGAAAGCCAAAUAGUGCCUAGGGGAGGAAAAACAACCUAGUGUGUCUAGCCUAUUUGACCAGGAAGAGAAUUCCAUCCAAUCUUCUCAGGGAGGAGUGUAUAUGUGUGUGCAUGUGGUAUAGCAGCAGUAGCAGUUCAGAUAAUAAGUCUAAUGGUCCUGAAGUUAAAUGAAAAAGGAAAAAAAAGUAUUUCCAUUUCCAGAAAAGAUGCUGUUCAUCUGGUGCCGAUUCUUUCUCACCAUAGGCAAGCGGUGACAUGUGCCAUCUUAAACCCCUGAUCCUCAUUGUGUCUCUCCCCCCCCCAUUGGGCUUUGGGCACUUUUGGGGGGAGGUGGGCCUUUUUCUGGUAUGUAAGAAAAGACUCUCGUUUCUCCCUGCCCCAGAUACGUCAAGCCUUUUUGGAAACAGUGGUGCCAAGACCUUUGGAUUUGGCACCACCACCUCCUUUGGCGAGCAGAAGCCAAUGGGCACAUUCAGUUCUGGUGGAGGGAGCGUGGCAUCUCAAGGCUUUGGGUUCUCCAGCCCGACUAAAGCAGGUGUUAGUUUGUCUAUUGUUUCUUAUUGUGGACAUAGGAAGCUGCCUUCCGCCAAGUCAGACCCUUUGGUUCAUCUGCCCCAGUAGUGUCAGUGCUGACUGGCAGAAAUGGCCCUUCUCCCAGGGUUUCAGGCAGGGGACAUUCCCAGCUCUACCUAGAGAUGCUAGGGAUUGAACCUGGGACCUUCUGCAUGUAGAGUGGAUGCUCUACAACCAAGCUUUCCCCACUAUGGGGAGAAAUGGGGAGAACUCGUUCUUCUAGCAUGGGGAAGAUCCUCCUGCCUUUUGAACAACAGUUACAUCAGAUCUUGUGUUCUAGGCCAACUUACACAUCAUCACGUAGGGGACAUUGGCUUUGAGUUUUCUUGUGGGUUUUCCCUUGUGGCUUCCGGUUGGGCCUUGUGGGAACCUGGUACAGGUCAAGAUGAGCCACUUGCCUGAUACAGCAGCCAGACACUUCUGAUGUUCUUGUGUUCUCCCUUCCACUUUUUACUUCUUUCUUCUUUUCAAGGCUCAGAUUGGCAGCCAAACAGAAAACUGUGCAGCCAGGAGGUGCAAAGGGUGUGAUUCUGUAGCCUUAUUAGACUUUACCGAUUGGUGGGCUCUGCGUUGCUUCCGGACGGGAGGAAGGAAGUCAAAUGACACCGAGGGUUGGUUCAGAGAAAGAGUUCUUUAUUUCUGCUCUCCAGAGCAGCAGAAAGGCACUUGCGUGGUCAGUCCACAGGAAGUCCAAAGAAAUGAGAGUUUUCAUGCAGUAUAUAUAUCCUCCAGGCACCCUCUCCCCCCUUCCCCAGGAAUCCAGUCAUGUUAGCUUGUACACGCAGGUUGACAUCACAGGUGUUCCUGCUCCGGUACUCUUAACGAUAAAAGGGUUUUCCUUCCUGUACCUCUGACCAUAAAAGGGUAUUCCUGUUCCUAUACUCUUACCUUGGAGCAAGAGGUCGCCAACUCCAAGAACACACUCUGGCGCUCUUCCCGGACUAGGUCUGCACGUCAGAGUGUGUUCAGAAUGUAAGAUAAGACCCAGACGUGCCAUCCCUACUCCACUGGAACAGCCAAGGUCAUCCUUUGCCGUGACUGAUAAAGGAGAGAGCUUUGUUUAUACAGCUGUGUUCUUGUUAUGCAUUUGCUCAACAGCAUUUUAGAAAUGCAUUUUAGAAAUGCUCCCUUGGAGAAAGAAGAAAAGGGGGGUUUGGGAUCCCGUUUCAAACUGACUGCACAGAAACCCAUUCCUUCAAUUCCAGAGCGUGUUGGGAGGAAAAGAGAACAACUGAGAGGCAGUGAGGGGAGAGAAAGCGAGGUGCUGCAGGAGUCAGGGAAGAAAGUGGAGACAGACACAUGCACAGAGGGAGGGAGGAGGCAACCAUGUAUACAAGUGUUGAUUACGAUAAAACAGGUCUUCUUCUUUUUAUGGGUCUUUCCCCACCACUGUUGUCAUCAAAUUGUAGAUCACAUCUUUCUCUAGAUAUGUAGUGAACUGACCCAAGAGGAGGGUGGGGAGAAGCAACCAUAGAGGAUGGUGCCCUCAAUACUAUAUCAGUAUUCCCACAGGCUCCAAAAGGAUGGGUGACCUUUGUAUGUUGUGACUUUUAACAGUUGUGCUUAUGUCCUGCUUUCAGGCUUCCUUUUGGGGCAUCUGGUUGACCACUGUGAGAACAGGAUGGUGGGUUUAGAUGGGCCUUUGGCCUGAUCCAGCACCCAGGCUCUUCUUAAAUUCAUAUCAGGGUGCUCUGCAGCUCAGACCAGGAGCUCUGUAGGUCAGGUGCUGGUUCCCUGUGCCACUGGUACUGGUGGAUGGCAGAAAGGAAGUGAGCACAGCUCAAUGGUUGAGCACCUGCUUUGCAUGCCGCAGGUCCCCUUACGGUAGAAAAUGAUAUAUAGACCUAUCAGAGGCAGCUUGACUCUGAAUACUAGUUGCUGAGAAUUGCAAGAGGGGAGAGCAGUGCUGCACUCAAGUCUUGCUUGCAAGCUUCUCACUGGGGCAUCUGGUCGGCCACAGUGAGAAUAGGAUAUUGGGCCAGCUAGACUUAUGCCCUGGUGCAGCAACCAGGCUCUUCUUAUGUUCUUAACUUGCAAUACAUGCAUUGGUUCCCACGAAACUUGGAGGACAUAGGUAAAACCCAAUGGCUCAUGGACAAAAGUGUCACUGGAUCUCUAAUCUCUGCUAAAUAAUUUAGCUGCAGCUCUCUCUCCCCCUCCCCCCCCCGACAGUUGUGUUUACAACCGGGUAGUAUCUGUUACAUUGGUCAGACUGGAAUUUCACCCAGGGUAUUAAAAUGCACCUCCAGUCAAAAACAGCAAGGAGCUAUAUUGGUAGUCAUUUCUUGUAGCGGACAGGCAGCCUGUUAAUCAGAUGGAAGUGUGCGUUGAAAAGUGUCCACGUAAAACAGUAAAAACUGAGCUGCAUAGAAGACUGGGGGAGGGGAGUUAAUUCCAUGCCAGGGAUAUAUAUUUUUUAUUUUUUAUUUGUUGGCAAACAGACAGAAAAUAAGAUUAGCCGGUAUCAUGAUUCCUCUAUGUACAUCUGCAGGGCAGCCUCAGUUGAAAUGCAGGUGAUGCUUGUGUGUUCCAGUAAACCAUGGUUUAGCAGGAAGUGAAACCUGCCCAGCCUGGUUGCUCUCACUUGGCUGCUCCCUCUGGUGCAAGCAGGAGAAGCAUACCGAGAGGGCACAGUUAAGCUUGCCUUCUUAUGACAAACGCAAGUGUGGUUUGUUUUUCCCUGGCAAGUCAGAAUCACAAGCCACAGCCUUCAAUCAUGGUUCUUCGUUUGCUUUCAAAUCCUACCUUGUUUGGGAAAAGCAAAUUCCAGCCUCAGCUUUGGAUGUUACCGGAAGCCAGACUUAGUUGUGGCUUCCUGACUUAUUUCUCUUGUCUCAUGCCAGGGUAAGAGCAAAGUGAGGAGUGAUCAGACAACUCUGCAGAAGCAUGCCCCUUGUUCCCAAUAAGGCAACAACUUGUCCUGACUUGUCAUGCAUGACCUGUGAACAGAGCCAGUGUGCAGAUGUGGUUUUUUUAGGUCAAAGAAGGAAGAGAAGGUCAGCCAGAAUUAUCAUAAGUGGCACCUUUCCUAAGAGGGAACUUAGGGGUUGGGUGUUGCUUUUAAAAAAUUGAAUUCGCUCCCCCCCAGCUUCUAUCCCAAGGAUGGGAAACCUGUGGCCCUCCAGAUGUCAUUGGACUCCAGCUUCCAUCAGCCCCAGCCAGCAGGGCACAGUGGUCAGGAAUGAUGGGAGUUGUUGUCCAGCCAUGUCUGAAGGGCCACUGGUUCCUCACCACUGUUCCAUCAUACCCACACUUGAUACAUAGGUACAAUAGAGGUGUAUCAAAUUAUUCAUGGUGUGGAGGAGGAGGGGGGAUAUAGGAUUCCCCACUUCCUUUUUCUAUAUUACUCAAACUCAAGUUGUUAGGGUUAGGGUUAGGGAUUCAGGACAGACUAAAGAAAUUACUUCUUUGGACAAUGCAGAAUUUAAUGUGUGGAAUUUUCUGCCACGAGCUGUCUUUGUGGUCUUUAACGGGCAGUAGAGAAAUACAUGAAGGAGGGCAAAGUUUGUCCACAGUUGUUAGCAUGCUAGGGGCCAGACAAUGGAGGAGUGGGCUUUGGUUUUCACAUCCUACUUAUGGGCCUCCAGGAUGCAUUUGGCAGCCCACUAUGUGGGAAAACUGUUGGGAUACUGCCAGGGAGACAGAGGCAUCAGGCCUCCACGUCGUCUCUGGAUGAUCACCGGUCUCCCGUGGAAACAGCAUCAGUCAAUUAGCAACACGAGCCUCAGACACAUUCCAAGACUCAUGCACGCCCUUUUCAGCAGUCUCCGCAACGGAAGAUUCAGACAGAAGAGCAUAUUUACAGCUUUAUUCAACGUAGGUCAGAACAAAGGAAAAACAUGACUGCUUGCAUCCGUGUCGAGGAAAACAGCCAGAACAAAAGCUAUAUACAAAACGGAAGUUCCCAGCGAGAACAGUGCAGGGAGUAAACAGGCAUGUGACACACAACAAUCAUGCCUGACUCUUUUAAGGAGGAACGGAACUAUAUCCUAACAUCCUCCCCCUUUCCGUGUAACCUGUAGUACCUGUGGUUCAACCCAAUUGCAACCUCUGUACAUAAACCUUAAGUUGUUCUCUGUUAACAACCUUAGACAACAGAUCAGCAGGAAUUUCAUUUCCUGGCAUGUAGGACACCUGAAUGAGUCCUUUCGGAAUACACUCUCUUGCACGAUGUAACUUAAUCUGCAAGUAUUUGGUUCUUUGCUUGCAACUCUCUGAGUUCAGCAAAGCCAAACAGGAUCUAUUGUCUUGAUACACUUGUAUAGGACAUUUCACAGAAACUCUGAUGUCCUGAAAUAUUUGCAUCAACCAUUCACAAUCCAUGAGUGAAAAUGACAGAGCAAUUAAGUUCUGCUUCACAGGAACUUAGGCUUACUGUCGUCUGUUUCCUGCACAGCCAGUCAAACAUGUGAGGAGAAUCAGAACUUACAGGGUUAAACAGUUCUGUGUGACGUCUCACAUUCUGAGGCGUGUUUUGGUUCACAUAUGGGAAUCUUUCUUUGUGUGUGAGUUUCCUUUCGUUUUUGGCUGAGAGGCGAGAAGGAUGUCUGCUCUCUCGCCAGGACUGAUUUAUGAUGUUUUUCUUCUCAUUAAAGGCUGUUCGAGAUUAACAAGAAGCCUGCGUUCAGUUUGA